GUAUCCAAAUAAGUGUACUCUUAUGCGAGCUCUCUAAAUGGGGAGCGGCUAAAGUGUGAUGCCCGCAUUUUUUUUUUGCAAGCCAUCACCUGGGAGUCGACACGUACUGAUCUCGAGUGGAGGAGACUUGCAUUCCAGUUGCAGCGGGUCCAAGCGAGCGCCCGGAGCAGACAGCAGCGUUUAACUAUGAGUAACCACGUGCAGCCCUACUCCUCGACCCUCCAGGAGCUGAGACUGGUUCUGCUGGGGAACAUCGGAUGUGGCAAGACAUUGUCGGCCGACACCAUCUUGGGACAGCUGUCGGACGUGUCCUCAGCGACGCCCAGGACCAGCCAGCUGCGGCAAGAUUUCAUCGAAGACAGGAAAGUGAUCCUGGUGGAGGCGCCCAGGUGGUACUGGAACGGCUUAGAUAUGGAGGAGAGCGUCAGGAAGGAGACAGAGCGAGCCGUGUCCUUACUGGAGCCCGGUCCUCACGCUUUUCUGCUGCUGGUGCCUGUCAGCCAGUUUACAGAGAUGGACGGCAGAGUGCCUGGACAACUACAGAAGUUGUUUGGACAAGAUGUGUUGGAGCACACGAUGGUGCUACUGACCUGUGGUGAUUAUCUCAUGGGAAGAACUGUAGAGGAAUAUUUGCAAAGGGAGCAUCCAGGCCUGAGGCAAACGAUUGGGCUUUGCGGUGGGCGAUACCAUGUCAUCAACAACCGUCACCGGCAGGACCGGGAGCAAGUCCAGCAGCUUUUGGACAAGGUGGAUGACAUGGUGAGAACAAAGGGCGUGUACGCCAACAAAACAAGUGGAGAGAGGGAGAUGGAGGAACGAGUGCUGCAGCGAAAGAGAGAGCUGAUGGAAAGUUUCCGUAUGCGGCAUGAGGAGAAAAGACAAACGUUGCCAUCCAAUUAUGCACAGAACACAGACACGUUCCAGAGAAAUGUCUAUGGUGCGGAUUCCUACGGAAAGGCCUGGGAGGGGAUGAGUCGAGACGAGAGCGACGGCGUCAACGGAGGAGCUUCUGAUGUGCAUUGGUCCAGUUCCACAGUUUCAGCGACCAGCGGCUGGCAGUCCGGCCUAAAUGAUGAUGACACAGUCGAGAAGCGCUCGUUUAGACUGAAUGCCGACGGAGCCAGACUGUCACAAAUGUGGGAGGACAAAACGCCUCCUCAAGUUGUUUCCACCUUUCACCACAGGAUCAACAGCUUUGAGGAGAGCUCCCCGGAGGCCUACCCCACCUCGUCCCCGGAGGCCUACCCCACCUCGUCCCCUCAGGCCUACCCCACCUCGUCCCCUCAGGCUACUGUCUUCACCCACAACCUUUCAACAACAGCCUUCACCGCAUCCCCAGCUACGCCCGCCGUACUAUCCUCGCCGUCUUCUCCGGAGCUGCGUCUGGUAAUUCUCGGCCGAUCCGGAUCUGGGAAAAGCGCGGCCGGCAACGUCAUCUUGGGACGGGAAGAGUUUGUGUCCCGCCCUGAGAGCCUGGUCGCCAUUACGCAGGAGUGUGUCAAGAAGAAGGCAGUGGUGGCAGGAAGAAGGGUGGCAGUAGUGGACACCCCAGACUGGUUCCAGACCGAGCGUACCCCGGAUGAGGUGCGAGCUCAGAUCUCCUCCUGCGUGGCCCUGUCCAGCCCUGGACCCCAUGCCUUUCUCCUCUGCGUCCCAACAGACCAGCCGUCAAAGACGGAGCUGCAAGCCCUCAGUGCCCUGGAGGCCGUGUUUGGCCGAGACGCCGUGGAGAAGCACACUCUGGUCCUCUUCACGUACGCGGACCGCCUGAAGGGUGUCGGCAGCGUCGAAGCGUACAUCGCUGGUCAGCGGGAGGAUUUGUUAAAGCUGGUGGAGAAAUGCGGGGACCACUUCCACGUGAUGGAGCGACACGGCGGAAAUGUGGAGGAGCUUCUGGAGAAGGUAGAGCAGAUAGCGGCGGAGGCCGGGGGGCAGUGUUACUCCUGCCCCGUUUUCCAGGAGGCUGAGAUUAGAGUGAGAGAGAGACAGGCCGAGAUCGCCAGGGAGAAUAGGAAGAACAUGGAGGAUGACAACUUUCGAGGUGAACGCCGUUCUCUCUACCCUUACAUGCAGACUGUGACCGAGGAGGAAGUCAGAGAGGAAGAGAUUGAGAAAACGCGGACCGAGGCGGAGUUAAGCGUCAGCACCAUGACUAUUGAGAGCGUCCCGUCCAUCACGAUGGCUGACGUUUCUCCCUCAAUGCUCCAGUCGGUGAUGGAGAAAGUACAGUCCAACGCAAAGAUGCUGCCCAAGCUGUUGUCAGACAGCUCUGUGUGGGUCAGCGACGGAGCAAAGAAGAUGAUGAGCUCAGUGGGGAGCGGAGCACACAGCACCCAGAAGGCGGUGGGGGACAGUUCCGUGAGGGAGACGGUGGAAGCUCAAGCUGGACGCAUCUCCAAGCAACUGGGAGACAGCGCCGCAGCAGUCGGGUCCGGAGCAAAGGCAGUAGCAUCCAGUUCCGUGUGGGGGAAAGUGGGCUCCGUCGGGUCUGGCAUCGGCAGCGGCGCUAAGAGUGUAGCGCAGAGUCCUGUGUGGGGAAAGGUUGGAUCCGGGGCCAAGUCUGGCGCCAAACUGGUGGCCGGUGGCUCCGUUAGACUUGGAGCUGGACUCGGCGCCGGUGCAAAGAAGGUGGCCCAGAGUCCAGUGUGGGGGAAGGUAGGCUCGGGGGCCAAAGCAGGCGCCAAAAUGGUCACAGAGAGUUCUCUGUGGGAGAAAAUGACGACCAACGUCAAAAAGAUUCCCAAACUCGUCAUCGCUGGCGCUUUGCUAGGUUUGGCGCUGGGCGUGUUCUUAGGAGGAGCCAUCGGCGGGGCCGUAGGGGCUGUCGUCGGUUCUGCCGCAACUGAAGUUGGGAGACGAAAGUUUGCCAGGAAAAGCACGCCAGAAAAGGUUGCGAGCAAUGUUGAAAGACGGGUGAACGACACCGUGGAUUCGCUGGUGAAACAAGGACAGAAAGCGAUGAAGGCAGAGUGAUCUCGCCCAGCAGGGCUAUUCAAACCCGGUGUGGGAAUGACACCACACCCACUUCAGUUCAAAACUUCAGAGACUUCAACAUUUUACAGCAAAUUCCUAAAAUUCUGUUGUAUCGAGGAACUCGGACCAAUGUAAACACUUUGACGGUUUUACUUUAGCCUCCGAACGGUCAGCAUCCACUGCAGUGGACACUUUUAUUUUAAAUAACAAGGCAUUUUUUUCCUGAAAUGUGCAACAAACGUCCACUGCAGAGGACGCUGGGUCUCAAGAUAAGAAUAAUUGUGAAGGGAGAACUCCUGGUUCUUUACUUUCUGAAAAUGCGGCCCCCGGUUGAACAGCCCUGCGUGUAAGUCAUUCAUCAUCCAUUGUGCCUUUUUGUCAAAUUACAUGAAUUACCUUAUAAUAUCUUUAAUUAUUCCAAUAUUUACUCGAUUGCUCACAUCUCAAACAAACAACUAGAUUGUACAUAUUUACGUUUGGCACAAGUUCCUUUUAUCUGCUUGUUGACGACUCCUGUUGUAGUAAAUUUUUGUCUAACGCGCUUGGAUGCAAUUGAAAUAAAAGAACAUCAAGUAUAGAA